AUUUACUCUAAAUGUGUGUUGUUCAAAUAAAUCAGUGGUUUUGUUUUACACCCCAUCUCUCUCUACCUCUGCCAUGUCUAUUUAUCCAUUCAUUUUAGGCCUGAGAAACAUCCUACCUAUUACUACCGCAAAAGUCCCAAUUGUGAAGUUUUACCACACCAAAACUGGACUAGAGGGAGAUAUAAGCUUGUACAAUACACUGGCUUUGCACAACACGCAGUUACUGGCAUCAUACGCUGCGAUUGACGCUCGGGUGAAGAUCCUCUGCUACGUCAUGAAAGUGUUCGCUAAAGUCUGUGAUAUUGGCGACGCGUCCCGUGGGAGUCUGUCUUCAUAUGCCUACACCCUAAUGGUGCUGUACUUCCUUCAACAAAGAAGCCCCCCUGUUAUCCCAGUUCUCCAAGAGAUGUAUGUUGGGGAGAAGGAGCCUGUAGUUCUUGUCGAUGGCUGGGAUGUUCAUUUCUUUAGUGAUCUGAAGAACUUGCAUAAAUACUGGCCGGGGUACAAGAAGAAUAAGGAGUCGGUGGGGCAGCUGUGGUUUGGGCUGCUGCAGUUUUACACCGAGACGUUUGACUUCAAGGAGACUGUCGUCUGCAUCCGCAGAAAAGAGCCUCUCACCACCUUCAAGAAGCAGUGGACCUCCAAACACCUCGCCAUCGAGGAUCCCUUUGAUUUGAGUCAUAAUCUUGGAGCUGGUCUCUCACGGAGAAUGGCGAGCUUCAUCAUGAAGGCCUUCAUCAACGCCCGCAGAGUUUUCGGCGCCCCCGUCAGAGACUUCCCACCAGAGUAUCCCAACAAAAUGGAGUAUUUUUUUGACCCAGAGGUGCUGACGGAGGGCAAGCUUGCACCCAAUGACCGCUGCUGCCGGAUUUGUGGGAAGAUUGGGCAUUUUAUGAAAGACUGUCCAAUGCGAAAGAGACAAAGACGUGAUACUGAUGGACGUGGUGUGAACAGACCCGAUGGCAGAGUGAUGACGGAUGGCGAACGGUGGCGGCAGAGGGAGGAGAAGUGCUGUUAUCUGUGUGGCUCCAGCGCUCACAUCAAGAAAGACUGCCUGCUGGCCAAAUCGUUAGAAUCCUCCCCAAACACACACCAAAGAAGCCCUGCGUCAGACAGGGACAGAUUAGACAGUCCUCAGCAGGACAGGAAAAAGAAGCGAAAAGCAAAGAGGAUGAUUUUGGGGCCUGAAGCAGGUAGUCUUGCCAGCAGACAUGCAUCAUUAAAUGCAUCUAUGGAGAAGUGGAGCCCUUUCAAGUAAAUCAUCUAAAGAGAGGCGUUUCUGGAUCUACAGCAGCCCGAGCUCAGUAUUAUCAUAAACCCGUUAGAACACCUUGAUUGAUGUGCCUUGUAUCGGUGUCUAAUUUUUAGUUGAGUUUCUUU